AUGAACAUUCAAGCAAACUGGUGUCCUGGAAUGAAACCAUUGAUUGCUGUUGAUAUAGAUGUGUCUAACAAUUUCUUCAAUGGAAGCCUGCCUUCUUAUCUUUUUGAACUCCCAUUGCUACAAACCAUUGUACUUUCCAACAAUAAUUUUCAGAGUCACCCACUUGAGUUUUCAAAUUUAUCUUCUACCAUGUUCUUGAGCCAUCUAGGCUUAAGCAGUAACAAUAUACAAGGGCCAAUUCCAUCCUUCAAUAUGUUCAAGAAUCUCACUCAUUUAGACCUGUCUCACAAUGAUUUAACAGGUUCAAUUACAUCUGAUCACUUCAAAGGCUUCAUGGAGUUGAACUACAUUGAUUUAGGGGCCAAUCGCCUCAACGGAAGCCUACCUUCUUCUCUUUUUGAACUUCCAUUGCUAGAAUAUCUUAAACUUUACAACAACAAUUUUCAAGCAUUCCCACAUGAAUUUCCAAACUUAUCUUCCACCAUGUUAAAGACUCUGGAUUUGAGCAAUAAUAGCUUACAAGGCCCCAUUCCUGAGUUCAUUUUUCAACUCAAGUCACUAGAAGAACUCCUGUUGUCUUCAAACAAAUUAAAUGUUACAAUAUACACAAAAAUGUUUCGGAGGCUUGAAAAUCUAACUACACUAGAUUUUUCACACAAUAGCUUGUUGAUAGAAGCAAAUGUUACUGACUUGGGCAUAGAAGCAAAUGUUACUACCGACUUGGGCAUAUCUUCCAUCCUCAGAAAGUGGGAUGUAAAUUUGGCUUCCUGCAAUUUGACAAGGUUCCCUAGUUUUCUGCGAAAUCAGUCUAGAUUAUCCAAUUUAGACCUCUCAGGAAAUCUUAUUCAAGGACCUAUACCAAGGUGGAUUUGGCAAUUUUCCUCCCUUACUUUCUUAAACAUCUCCAACAAUUUGUUCACCAUGUUUGAAGAGCCGAUACAGAAUGUUAGUGCCUCUUUGUACUUCAUUGACCUUCACUCUAACCAAAUCCAAGGGAACUUUCCAACAUUUCUCUCAAAACAACUUUAUUUUUUGGACUGCUCAAUGAACAACUUCAGCUCUAUCAUUCCAUCAGAUAUUAGCACUUAUAUGUCUUCCACAUAUUUCUUGUCUUUCUCCAACAAUAGUUUAUCUGGGAACCUUCCUCAAUCCUUGUGCAAGAUGUCAUAUCUUCAAGCUCUUGAUUUUUCCUAUAAUCAGUUGAAAGGGGAGAUUCCAGAUUGUUUAAUGCGGAUGGAGUAUCUUAAGAUACUAAAUCUGGAGCAUAACAAGCUUGAUGGCCACAUUCCUGAUGCAUUUCCUCAACAUUCUGCACUAAAGAUUCUACAUCUAAAUGGAAAUCUACUUAGAGGCCGAAUUCCCCACUCUCUUGUGAAUUGCACAACACUUGAAGUCUUGCAUCUUGGAAAUAAUCAGAUUUAUGAUGUGUACCCAUGCUUCUUGAGGAGGUUAUCCACAAUUCGUGUUGUAGUUUUGCGCCAAAACAGACUGCAGGGUCACAUUGAAUGUCCCAAGUUAAAUGGUUCUUGGCAAUCCCUCCAAAUUAUUGAUCUGUCUUUCAAUAAUUUUAGUGGUUUACUUCCGGGAGAAGACUUCAAAAGUUGGGUCACAAUGAUGCUUGGUGUUGGUGAAAAGCAAAACCGAUAUGAAGUCGUAGGCUUCUUUAUGAGAAAAUACCAGGAUUCCAUGAUAAUUACCAACAAAGGCUUACAAUUGGAGAUGGUUAAAAUCUUAAGUGACUUCACUUCUAUAGACUUCUCAUUCAACAACUUUCAAGGGCCAAUACCAGAAGAGCUUAUGAAUUUCACAAGACUUCAUGUUCUUAACUUCUCACAUAAUUCUUUCAAUGGCCAAAUUCCAUCCUCCAUAGGGAAUUUAAAGCAACUCGAGUCGUUGGACCUAUCCGGUAACAAAUUUGGUGGACGAAUUCCCACUCAACUUGCAAGUUUAAAUUUCCUUUCAUAUCUAAAUCUUUCAUGCAAUCAGUUAUUUGGAAGAAUCCCAACAGGUACACAACUUCAGUCAUUCUCCGAAGGUUCCUUUCUAGGAAAUGCAGGCUUAUGUGGACCACCAUUAACAAAUAAUUGCUCUGGCCCAAUUCUGCCACCACCACCAUCGAAAGUAAACUCAGAUUCUGGCAGUUUUGUUGAUUGGAGUAUCUUGAGUGUGGAGUUGGGUUCUGUCUUUGGACUUGGCAUUAUUAUUAUGCCAAUGUUGUUCUGCAAGAGAUGGAGGUUUUGGUACUGGAAUCAUGUGGAUAACAUUCUUUACAGGGUCUUCCCUCAGCUUGAUUUUAUAUAUCAGCAGCAUGGAGGGAAAAAUUAUAGAACUCUAAGGUGGAGGUCUCAAUAAUGUGUCUAAGUUGAA